CGUACCAUCGCGGCCACUUUGGAUGGGGACUCUCACCGGCGAGUUCCUAUUUUUAAUUUUUUUCACACGCCGUUCCCCGACGUGAACGAUCGUCACGCGCGUGUGAACGGACGGAUCGCGUUGGGAAAAUCAGAUGUGACGCUUGUUAAUGGCGGCUUUCGGAGGACGGGAAGGGGACUAUUUCGCUCAUCUCGACGCCGCAUGAAUCCACUUUGGGAGAAAAGUGGCCGGCUCCUCCUCCUCCUCCUCCUCCUCCUCUUCUUACACGGAGGAGCACAUUUGAUACGAGGCACGGCCAUGGACACGAACCUGGGAUUUAAAUGCUUGCACACGGCGGCGGCAUGCUCGACAAGCAAGUGAGGAUGGAUCGGAAAUAAAAAUCAAAAAAUAUAAGAUAAAAAAAAAAAAAGGAAAAGGAGGGAUUUCAUCGAACUCAGCAGGUGACGGCGGAAGCAUGCCGCUGGUGAAGCGCACCAUCGAGCCCCGGCACCUGUGCCACACGGCGCUGCCCAGAAACAUCAAGAACGAGCUGGAAUGCGUGACCAACAUCUCCUUGGCCAGCGUCAUCCGACAGCUCAGCAGCCUCAGCAAAUACGCCGAAGACCUGUUCGGGGAGCUGUUCAACGAGGCGCACUCCUUCUCCUUCCGGGUCAACUCGCUGCAGGAGCGCGUGGACCGCCUCUCCGUCAGCGUCACACAGCUGGACCCCAAAGAGGAAGAAUUGUCACUACAGGACAUCACCAUGAGGAAGGCUUUCAGGAGUUCCACCAUCCAAGACCAGCAGCUAUUCGACCGGGACUCACUCCCUAUCCCGAUGCAGGAAACCUACCAGGACUGCGAGCAGCCACCGCCGCUCAACAUCCUCACGCCGUACAGAGAUGACGGAAAGGAGGGUCUCAAGUUCUACACAAAUCCUUCUUACUUUUUCGACCUGUGGCGAGAGAAGAUGCUGCAGGACACCGAGGACAAGCGGAAGGAGAGGCGGAAACAGAAGUCGCAGGACCCCCGCAUGUAUGAUCAGGUCUAUAGGUACUUAGACCUUCCCGGGCAGCUGAAGGGGAUCGAUCGGCCCCCGGAGACCGACAAGGUGCCGCGGGCGCCGCACGACCGCAAGAAGGAGUGGCAGAAACUGGCACUGGGCGCCGAAUUGGCGCAGGACGUGACAGACGACAAACACCGAGAAGCCAACGGCUCCGUCGGCUACCCUGACAACAGGGCUCAGCUGUACACGGAGAACUUGGACGGGCCCUUCUCGCUGGCGGCGCUGCCCUACAGCCAGAUGAACGAGCUGCUGAGCCGCAGCGGCGACAGAGCGUACUCGCGGCCCAACGACCCGCCGCCGCCGCCGCCUCCGCUCGGCGUGCACCUGCUGGGGGAGAUCAAGCCGCCCUCGGUCAUCAGUUCCAGUUCUGGCUUUUCAGACAGCAGACCUCAGUCUCCAGCGAGGCCGGCGGGCCUAAACUCCGGCGCUCAUCCUCCUCCCCCGCCGCCCCCUCUUCCCCCUCCGCCCCCGCCUCUCCCGUCCUCCGGCUUGCGCGGCACGCCGCCGCCUCCUGUGCCCCCGCUGCCGACGCAUCAGCAAGCCCCGGCGAUCCCCCCUCCCCCGGCGCCUCUCCAGAUCGCCCCGGGCGUGCUCCAUCCGGCUCCUCCGCCGGUGGCGCCGCCCCUCCGCUCUUCCUCCCCGGCCCGCCUCCAGCAGGUCCCGGAGAAAGGCGGCAGCUACGCGAGUUUCUCGCCCCAGCCGGACGGCUCCGCCCUGCCUCCCCCGCCGGUGCCGCCUCCACUCCCGCUGGGCGGAGCGCGGGGCUCCUCGCCCUGUCCGUCGGGGCCGGCGCCCGUGCCGGCCUUCCCCUCGGCGGGGGCCGCGGCCGCCGCGUCCCCCCACGCCAACAUCCACGAUUUGGGAAGCAAGCGGCACCAUCCCGCCAAUCUGCCCCCCAUCAGCGACGCCCGCAGCGUCCUGCUGGAGGCCAUCCGAAAGGGCAUCCAGCUGAGAAAGGUGGAGGAGCAGCGAGAGCAGGAGGCCAAACACGAGCGCGUGGGUAACGACGUGGCCACCAUCCUGUCCCGCCGCAUCGCCGUCGAGUACUCGGACUCGGAGGACGAGUCGGAGUUCGACGAGGGCGACUGGAUGGAGUGAUUGAAUGAAGAGGAAGCAGACAGCUGACAAUUCGUAGUCGUCCUGUUCAAUUUUUUUUUCCCCCUUUUUGUCUUGUCGUCCGUUCCGGAAGGAGAACCCCCAAUCUUCUCCGUCUCCCUCGUCGUCGUCGCUGUCGUCAUUCUAGCGGUCCGGGAUAAGUUCUGUUCCGUUUUUUUGCGCUGCCGCUAUGUUUUUUUUUUUUUUUUUUUAAAUCAGGGGUGGGAAACCCAAAGUAGGGCUGUGGACCGGUUCUGGCAGGUUAGGCUGGAGCAUUUUAUCCGGCUUUUUAUGCAAUCCUCAACACUACAAAAAAAAGUCCGACUGCCGACGUGGUGGACUUUGUGUCAAUCAGGCACAAAGUUGGCGGGUGCUAAUAUGUUCCAACUCUCUGGAACGGAGAGCUGAGCAGCAAUUUUUGGGGUGUUUUUGUUCAAAUGUUCCGUUUAAACCCCCCGCCCCAAAAGUUCCUCUUGACAGCCAUCGCGGACCAAGGCUUUGCGCCGAUGUGGCCGCUUUAGAGUGCCUCGUUGUCGCGGCGUGGACAACUGAUUGACAGCGGAGGAGCGGGCGGGUUACCGGACACGCCCACAGCGUCGGUGAUUUUCACGAUUUUCAAGCUGCGUUUUAUUUUUUUGGGACUGUUAAAAUUCAGCAGGCUUGUCAACAACACUUCUUUUAUUUAUUUUAUUUCAUUAUGUUUAUUUUCACUUUGCAAGGUUUUGCCGGAAAUGGCCGACUUCCCGCUCAGUUUGGGUUUUGUUUUUUCCUUGAGACUUUUUUUGUGCAUCUUGUUAUGAUGGACAUGUGCAACCAAUUUUGUGCGGAUCGACGUAACCAGCAUUGGGGCUGAUUUUUUUUUUUUAAAUUUUCUUUUAUUUUUUUAAUUUAAUUUUUUUCCUUUUUCCAGGAGUGAGAUGUUCAGCCAUUUUCACGCCGGCUGGCAAGGAAGGCGAUUCAUUCCUCAUCAGAAUAAAUAUGCGACAACUCCAGUAAUACGGAACUGAAUUUUCAAAAUGACACCUCAGAGGAACGUUAAGAAAAAAACAAAAGUCCAAAUAAUGUUCAAAAAGUUCCCCACCCCUGGUUUAAUCAGGGUAAAAAAAUUAAAAAGCUGAUAUGAAGGCAUGUUGCAUUUCACACGUUUUCUUAGCGGGGGCGGGGGGGGGGGGGGUCCUUGGCUUGGGAACAAUUUGUGUGUUGUUGUGGUGUGUGUGUGUGUGCGCCCACCCACUGACCUUUCACUCCAGGGAGCCAAAGAUGGAGCGGGGAUGGGGGCUGGGGGGGGGGGGAUACCCGAGCCCAUCUUUAGUUCUCAACAAGUCCGGAGACUUGGAUGUCCCUGUUCAUAUCAAGCGUGCGGAGUUUGAGUGCAGGUCCGACCUCAAUGAAGGCAGCUUUCACUUACACACACACACACAGAUUCCCCUUUACCGCGUAGCGAGAGGCCUUACCUCGUUUGCUUUUGCAGCGGCAAUCCGCGGAAGACAUUUUGCGCCGCUCAAAAGACGGGAAAAAGAAAACGCCAGCCAUGGUUUCUGUCCGUCCGUCCGCCCGCCCGCCCGUCCGUCGGUUCUUUCUUUCGUCCAGCUCGCCUUAUUGUCCGAAACGUGUUGUUGAGUUGAUGAAUGUAUCGUGCCGUUACUACUUGCCUGCGCUUGUGUGGAUUUGCUGUUUCUGUGUUUUGGGGAGGGGUGAAGAGAAAUGCCUGGUUUGGAAGAGAUGACAA